UGACCAUCAAGAAACAUCGGUGGCAUAAUCUAAAGAACUAACCAAAAUUUUAUCUUUGAAUUUAACCUAAAGUAAUAGCAGAUCUUUUAUGAAUUUGAAAAAUGGGAACUACGGCAAAAGAUUUACUAAAUGCUCCGUUGCCUUCAGAAAUAUUGAAAGGAUCCAACUUAUCAACGGAAGCGUCCCGCAAAUAUAUACAAAAUAUGUUGCAGCAACACCUUCCCUCAACAGACAUAAAAUAUUUACGAAACGAUCUGCAGUGGCAAUUUAUACUUGAACAGCACUCUUUAAGGAAGAAAAGCGCUCGUCGGCCGAAAAAAACCUUUUUAACGAGACAGCAGCGCAAAGAAGCCAACUUACUCAAACUCCCCAGGGAAGGUUGGAGCUACAAAUCAUUAGGAAUCAUUCGAAAUAUGUGGAAAGAUUAUAUGAGGCAAAAUUUGGAUUUUAUUAAAAAGGCACCAUCGCCCGUGGACCCGGACUGGAACAGUUUUAGUCUCGUAGUUGCAAAGUCUGAAUUAAUAGGGGCUGAAAUAAAAGUUAUACGGUCAAAAGUACCUAGCCUCAUUGGUAUGUCCGGUACUGUUGUAUUAGAAACUAAACUGUCAUUCCAAAUAGUGACGCCUCAAUCUAAAUUAAAGACAAUUUUAAAGGAGAUGUCGGUGUUUGAAGUGAUCUUGGAUAACCUGAGAUUUGUAUUUUUCGGCAAGCACCUCGCUACCCGACCCAACGAACGGAGCGUUAAGAAAAUCAAGCUGCAAAUGAUUCCAGACUUAUGAAAGUCAUGAAACACGCAAAAAUUGCAAACUAUAAAUAUUUUAUUAAAUCAUCUGUGCUUUAUCAUAUUUACAAUUGUACAAUAUAAUAACAUGCUCAAUUUACAAGUCAAACUAUUUAAAAUCUCUUAAGGCUACCGAUUAUAAGAAAAAUAUUUAUAUAAAAAUCCACCAGCAGAAGUAAGAUAUCGCGAAGUUCCAAUUAAAUUAAAAAAAUAGAAUUUAUGUAACAUUUACCAAGGUAAGGUGCAACUUUUAUUGUCCAAAAAGGUUUUUUUUUCUGUUUUAAUUUAAUUGGAAUCUUGUUGACAAAUUUUGUUCAUUCCCAUUCGAUUUAAAAAAUACACGAUAUUUUGCGAUAAAACCCUUAAAAUAUAAAAUUAAUUUCAAUCUAAAAAGGUUUUCGAAAAUUCCAAAUGUGUUACGGUCACAGCCCAUUUGCGAAAAAUUUUGCAUUUAUUAUAUACCUUGGCGAAGGGAAAAGAAUUAAGUAUCUUUUUUUUAUACUCAAAUAACCGACAGAAAUGAACAAGACUCAUCCGAAUUGAUAAUUUACCUUAAUAUAUAGCAACAGACUUUACCAACCGAAUAUGCGAAUCAUUUAACUUUUCCAAAUUAAAUUUAAAUAGUUUUUAAGCUGUCUGCAUUUGUUUCCUUAAAAAACUCAAUCCUUUGCCAAACUCACUUAUCCUCCGCCACUGCCAUUUUAAAUACUCUAAAAUAUCGAGUGCAAUCAAGAAUCGAAAUUUUUAAAAGGCACUGGGUUGAAUUUUAACAAUUUGAAAUGCCCGCAAUAACCGUGCGUGAUGUGUCUUUCUCCAAGGACUAGAAUCUUUUAUAGGAGUCAAUUGGCCUUUCUUCUAACAAUCAAGUCGUGCGUGAAUGGCACUUUUCAGGUAGCAAGCUAACAGAUUGCAUUUAAGUGUACAGGAUGGACCAUGUUAGAAGAAACUCCUUUUUCCAAAGCAGACAGACAAAAACUGAUGUUGAUUUUCAUAAAAAACACAAUGUCAUACCAUGUUUUUCGAAAAUUAGUUAUAACCAUUUUGCGAGGGGAAAUUUUGAGUUUCUAUGAAAACAUUUUUGAGCGUACUACACUCUAAAAACAUGAUUAAUACAGGGCGUGUGGCAAAAAGGUAUAAAUAGUAGAUUUUUUGAAAAUGGAAAUACCCUAUCUAUAUUUUGCUAUAUUCUAUGUUUUGAAAUCAAAGUUUGGACUAUUAUAGUAAACACCCUGUAAAAUUUUUUAAAGCUCAAAUUUUACUGUUAGAUUCGAAUAAUUCAAUAACCAUAACAUUUAGACCCUUUAUUACUUAAGAAAAAAAGGUUUACUUACGAUAACAUUCGGAGGGUACUUAAAAAAAAUCAUACUUUUAUGAGGCUCCCCGUUUAAUCCUAAAUAUUUUUUGAGUAUAUGGUUUUUUUAUACCUUGACUCUCAUUACGUUAAUUAUGUUAUCAUUGAGACAUCCGAUACAUACAGUUAUUUUUUUAAUUUUCUAAAACUGACCACAAUUAAUUGAACGUCUUUAAUGAAAAAAUGAUAAUAAAUGGUUAAGUGUUAAGCUUUAAAAACGUGCUUUGCAAAUGUUUUAAUAAAAACAAAAUUUUCCAUAGGAACAAAGCAACAGCGAUUUUUCAAAAAUGCAUCUAUAACUCUCCAACAUUAUUUUGCGUCCAUCUACUUUAGAAAUGGGAAUUUCCCUUUAAAGCGCACCCCGUAUAAUCGUGCUGCUAUUAGAUACUGAAAAAAAGCAAUUCAUAUCAAGGUUAGGCACUUUUUAAAACGCGUGAACCAGUUUCACAGUACAGAUUACACAACUAUUCAGGAAAAGAAAAACGUCUGAAAUGGCCUCUACUAGAAGCCAUAUUUGACCACUAAAGACGUUUAACGCGAAGGGUUCUAGAAUACGCGACGCACAGUGAAGGCUACGUUAGGUAGAAUUAACCAAAAACUCUAAAAUUGAAGGAAGAAGAACCGCCUAGAUUUUUAUUGUUGUGGAAUGCGGUGAAACAUAAAACAAAAAUUUUCACCCUCUUAUUAAAUUGCAAAAAAGUUUUAACGGGCUUAAAUAUAUUGCCUUUAAAGCGUUCGGCCUUACAAACAUUGGAAAUUUGUGCAAUAUGCGUUAAAAAGAGACGAUUUUCUUAUAUUUCACCACAAGGUAGUAUCUCGAUUCAAAUCUAGGUGAAACCAUAAUCUCUCAAGUAACCAAAAUGUUCCUAUCCUUAAACUUAAAAGUAUAAACCCCUUGAACUAAAUUUGGUUAGUUUUGGGUGACUGUAGUGGGAUAGAAUUGGAACAUUUUGAAAAUGUGGUUUGUAAAAUUUAGAACGUACUUGAUCACAAGGUAGUAUCUUGAGAAUCAAAUCUAGUAACCAAAAUGUCCCUAUGCCCAUGUCAUUCUGUGUACUAUAUGCUAUGCGGCGUAUGAAUCCUUAUACUCAAAAAUAUAAACCGCUUGAACUAAAUUUGGUGAAUUUUGGGUGCGGAAAAUAUGGUUACUAAAAUUUAGAUUGGCAAAUUUGAUACAUUAAUUUUACAUUUUCCUCUAUUUCAGCACAAACUACAUGUUUUGUGACAAAAAGUAUUGUUUAAGGUGGGACAAAAAAAAAGUUUUUUUUUGAUCUGACGCACAAAAACUAGUUGCUAGUUACCUUUAGAAAGUAAUUACCAUGUAUGAGCUCUUAAUGUUAAUUGGAAGAUUAUCCACAUUAUACCAUUUUUGGUUUAUAUAUAUAUAUAUAUAUAUAUAU